UUUUCCUACAUAUAAGCAAAGCUUCUGACACGGAAGGAGGUGUUAUUUUUCAAAACCCUAAUCGGAGUUUUGCUCUCUGUCUUUGUGAGUUCUUAAUUUGAGAAAGAUCCAAUCUUUUCUUUUUAUUUAUAUUUAUUGUGAUGAUAAAAUUGAUUCUGUGUGGGUUAAUUCGGUUAAGGGUGUUCAAAAAUUGGCAAAAACAGGAUUUUUGGAUUUCCGGAAUUGAGUAAUCGCUGAUGAUGAGAAGCAUAAAGGCCAUAAGCAGCGACGACGGUUAUGCGCAUGGGUUGUCGUUGGGAUGAGGAAUGUGCCAAUAUGCUAAUCUGAGGCCCCCUUUUCUCUCUGUCUCUUUAAAACUCUGUUUUUAACACCAUAAACGAGUAUAUACUGUUUGUUUGCUGAGAAAAUGGCGAGAAAAGAAAAGAGUUUGUGGCAAAAAUCAGGUUUUAAUCAGUAUCACAUGUUGUCAUCCUACUAAGCAAACCCCCUUAUAGCUCAUCCUUUUGGGGCGAUUGGGCUUCAGAGGCAGUAAUUUUGGUGCAGCGUGAGGCAUGCAUGAACCAGUGCUCAUGUAUGAACCUGAAAGUGAAACCAACGAGAAGCAAAAUGAAAAGAAAAAAAAAAAAAAAGAGAGCCUAGAAGUUUCAUAAAAGUGGCAUCCCAAUUAGGGGAAUUUUGAUCCUUCCCGACGAGUUUUCUCCGGGAUAGAGAUUUCCUGGCGAAUUUUAUCCUUCUCGCCGACAAACAUAUAGAUUGCAAGGUGUAAGACUGGUAAGUUGAAGAAGGAUAGUUGUCUUGUUGUGUGGUUUGACUUGCAGGUUUAGAGUGAAGAGUUGGUAGAAGUGUUUGUAAAUAAUAUCUUCAAAUGCUUGCUUCCAGGUUAAGUAAGCUCACGCUGCCUGCCGGCCUCUCUCUCUUCCCACUUCCCACAUUUUUUGUUUAUAUACAUUCAACUGAACUUGUUUAGUUCGGCAUUGGUUUUCUGUUCUUACAAGGAUCAUCAGAUUCAGCUACACCUCCGGACUUGAAGGUUCUCUUCUCUUUUGCUGGGCAGUUGGCACUCUGAGAUAAAGGGUUAGUUAUGGGACCUGGCGGACCUGGCGGUGGAGGUGGAGGGCCAGGAGGAGGUGGCUGGGGAGGCCCUGGACCUGGAGGACCUGGUGGCUGGGGCCCCGGGCCUGGAGGACCUGGUGGUUGGGGCCCCGGGCCUGGAGGACCUGGUGGCUGGGGCCCCGGGCCUGGGGGGCCAUGGGGUGGCGGUGGUUUCUGGGGUGGACCUGGCUUUUUUGGGGGUUUUGGUGAUGGAUUGUGCAACCUGGUGUCUUCUUGCUUCUACUGCUUGUGCUGCUGUGGUUUGCUCCAAGAAUGCUUUGGCGGCCCUCGUGGCGGAUAUGGUCCUCCCGGACCUCCUCCUUUCUGAUCCAAUUUGUUUUUGAAGUUGGCUGUUAUUUUUAGCUUUGGAGCCAUGUUUAUGUAAAAGUUGCUGAGUUUAUGUUUAUUUGAUUCCCUGAGAGGAGUUGUAACGUGAAUUCCGAAUCAUCUUUUUAAACUGUUACUUCGAAUCUUGUUAUUUACUUCCAAAUUGACACCUAAGAUAAUCGUUAAUUGAAGUAAUAGUUUACUUUGA